GAAAUACUAUGCAAUGUCGUGGUGUCUGGCACAGCUGGUGGAAGUGUGUUACUGCCAUGUAUGGGUCCAGCAGGUUUGAAACUAUUUAAGUGGACAGAUGACAAAGGUGCAAUAAUUGUUCAGAUUAUGCGCAGUGGAAUGAUUUUCUAUGGUUCUACAAUCAAGAAGGAUCGCUUUAAAUCUGCAGAUUAUUCCAGUGGAAAUUACUCUCUUCUGAUGUCUCAGCUUGAGCCCCAUGACUCUGGACAGUAUACCUGCAGCAGUUCUGAAGCAGAUUUAAAUAAAGUAAACCUUCAUGUUUAUCUAGCAGAACCUUCACCUCCUGAAAUUCAUACACCUGCCACUGAAAGAGGAAACACAGUGUUACCAUGUUCAGCUGAACUUCACAACUAUGUGUCAUUCCCAUGGACUUUUAUGUCUACUUCCAGAGCCACCAUUGAGGUCAGAAAUGGCUGGAUAUUACCUGGUAUUUAUGCUGGUGGCGAGCCUGAAGUAAUAUUUGGCAUUGUGAAUCAGUCAUCAGUGCUCAACUUUACAUUCACUAAUGAUACGAGACCAUGCCCAAAGACGACAUAUGCUGAUCUCCUGAGUGGAAAGAUCACAUUCUCACAUGUGAAGGGAGGUGCUCAAGUAGAGCUGGCAUUUAUGAACGUCACCCAAUCACCACUGCUGUGGAAAGAGACAGAAGGCAGCCAUAGUACAGAAUUCCGUUUUUCUCUUGUUGUCUGUCCAACGUAUUACAUGGAUGCUGGCUGGUACACUCUGACGCUGAACUUCACCAAGGGUGUGUUACAGAAGGAACUCAGACUCAUCACCAUGAAAGUCACACACUAUUGGAGCAAAGUUACCACUGGCACACAUGUGAACCUGACGUGCCAAGUGUCUAAUGUACUGCCGUUUAUGAGCCUGACCUGGUUCCACAUCAUCAACAGUACCCAGUACAAUAAAGUAUUAGACCAGACGGGUGUUGCUGAGCUGACCGUCACAUUUCCUAAUGUAACAGCAGACCCUGUUGGACUCUGGAGAUGCUGUUUAUAUGUCAAAACACAGAAGAAAGUAUGUGCUGAUUAUAACCUAGAGAAAACAAAUCACCUUUCAACUGGGAUCAGUGUCUCACUACAGAAAAUUCUUCUUGGAGGUGGAACAGUAACAGCUGGAAUUCUGUGCCUCAUAAUUAUCAUCUUCUGUAUCAGACGAUGUAGACAGUCAAAUGAAACAAAGUUUCCAUAUUUGGAAAAUGCAUUAAAAGCACGCAGAGCUCCUGCUGACUACGACUAAAGGAUAACUUGUUGCUACGCAUGAAGAGACGUAUUGAGAAUGAAAACAAAAAUCAGUGGUGAAUGAAUCUGCCCUGUAAAGGGCAAAACUUGAAAUGCACCGCUUGUUGCAUUCUGUACAAAUAUCUUGUUGGUGCACAAUAAAUGCAG